GCGCCCGCGACCUAGGGAGUCGCAGUUCGUCCGCACGACCCUCGCCGACAAGUGGGGCGCGAAGGCGGUCCUCAAGGACCCUGGCUUCGCGUGGGGCGGCUCGGGGUACGGGAGCUCGCGGACGCAGGCCAUCGACGAGACGUCCAUGUUGCCUUACGCCGAGGUUUUGAAGACACUCCUCGAGGUUGCACCCUCGGGGUUUCCAGCGCAGAAGUGCUUGAAGGAUGCCUUCCAGGAGCUGGACAAGAGGCACGGCAUCCUCGCGUACGAUAUGCGCUUCCAGGAGAGGGCGGCCAGCCUGGCAGCAGACGCCUGGCGGGUCAUGGCGAAGCACCUCUACAACGCAGCCCAGGCGGAGAAGGCUCUGAGCAACGAGGUGCUUCAGCAGCUGGUGAAGAUGAUCGGGCUUCCCUCUGCAGAAGAUGAUGGCGGUGCAGCUCUUGCCAGUGGCGGCUCCUUCGAGGACUCGCCGUCGUUCGCGGCGGCGGCGGGCCCCGUGGAGGGCGAGGCCGCCGACGUGAGCGCGUCGGCGGUCAGGGCGCUCUUCCCCCCCAGCAUGGGCGAGGCGGCGGAGGGCGAUGGCAGUCGCGAAGCAGCUAAGACCGAGGUCGAGUUCUCCGACGACGACGUGGAGCUCUGCGGAAUGACGUGCAAUUGCAAAGCGUGCCGCGACGCACGCACCGUCGACCUCACGGCCGAAGAGGGCGGCGGCGAGCGGGUCCCGAUCCCGAACGCGGCCAUCGGGGGCCAGAAGCGCGAUACCAGGACCGCCCAGACGGCGCUGAAGGGCGACAAGAGCAAGGGAAAGGGCAAGGGCGACGGGACGCGCGAGACGGUCGCGGCGAUCCUGAAGCCCCCGAAGAAGGCCAAGUCGCCCCCGAAGCAGGAGGAUGAGGCCGAGGUCGAGAGCGGCAACAUCACCCUGCCCGCAACGGUCACCGUGAGGGGGCCGAACGGGAAGAGGCGUGGCGAGGCCUACUUGCUCGACGGCAACAAGAAGUACAUCAUGGGCAUCACCGGCAGGAGGACCGAGGAGUACAAAGAGGUCGUCGAGCGCGCCGCGGAGAAGAUCAACGGCACCAUCCUGAAGACGAAGGACGACCUCAGGAUGUGGUUCGACCAGCAGAUCGGGUUCGACACGAGACAGAUGCCCCCGAAGAGGGCUACGGCUACCAAGUCCGCCUCCCCCGCGAAGCACAGGGGGCCGAUGGGCCACUGCCUCGAGAAGAUGCAAGCAGCAGCGCGCGCAGGCACCACGGCAGCGCCCGUGAAAGCGGAGCCCGUCGACAGCAGCGGCGGCUCCAGCGCGCCUGCCGCGGCAGCGGUGGUUCCUGCCACCGGAGACACCGACGGUCCCGCGGUCAAGGUAGCCAAGAGGGAGGGCGACAGGGUUCGCGACGAGGAGGCGCCCGCGCUAAAGGAGCCCAGGAUCCGCCCAGGAGCCCAGGCCGACGCCUCCGAGUGGGUCCACGACUGGAUCGGAUCCGAUAAGACGGCCUACAACGCCUUCAUGUACCGCCUGCGCAAGCAGGGCCAAGAGAGGAAGGCCAAGUGGAAGGAGAUCCAGAAGUUCGGCUGCGCGAUGGACGCGGAAAAUUUCGUGGACGAGAUCAUGCGCACGACGACGAGGCAGUCCGCGGAGUUCAACAACACGCUGACCCGCAACGAGACGCUCAAGGAGUGGACUACCUUCAAGAAGGCGCUGGAGAAGUACGACGAGGACGUGCUGAUGGCCAUGAUCAGGGCCAGAACCUUGGAGACCAAGCGCGACCCUGCCAUCCCUGAGUCCCUGCUGGUGCCGUGGCCCAAGUACUUGCAGGUGCGGCUGCACUCGGAGAGCGAGCGCGAUCGUCACGGCAAGGGCUUGCAGCUCACGGACAACACCAAUCUGGGCGACGACGCCUACGACGAGAAGUACGCCGAGCAGAGCCGCGGUCACAACCAGCAGCAGGGGGGCCAACAGCAGCAGCAGCCGCCCCAGCAGCAGCAGUCGCUGCAGACGGAGCCAUCGGUCGAGAAGGCGAAGAUGCCCGAGGCCGCGGCCGUCGCCGUGAAGGCCGUGCGCGCGGCGCACGGAUACAUCGACAGGCUCGUUCGCGAGCUCGAGGCGGCCAUCGAGUCCAGCUCGAAGAACGAGAACAGCAAGGGGUGCAAUAUCGAGAAUGACCUGGACGCGAUGAGGGGCACCCUUGCGGCGAAGGACAAGGAGCUCCUGACGUUCGAGAAGAAGUGCGUGAGCUCGAACGGAGCGGGCAUCACUGGCAAGGAGAUCCAGACGGCGGCGGACCUCGCCAAGGAGAUCGACGACGCGAUCAAGAACGGCCGCAAGAAGCUGGCGGCGCUCAGGUCGCUGUGGAAGCUCUGA